AUGACCGUGGGCUCUGCAGCGCACCGUGACAAUGACACCAUUCCACUUGCAUCGGAUUUGCUACAGUUUAUGGAUACGAACCACCACACGGAAUGGCUUGAAGACUACUUGAUUGCGAAGAAAUCCGAAGGCCAAGCUCACCACAGCCUGCUACGACUGUGUCAACGAUUCUAA